AUGAUGAAAAUGAAAACAGGAACUUCGCCGCCAGUCAUCAGCGGCGGCGGAGGAGCCGGAAGUAGCGGCAAUGAAUGGGAGUCCCGACCUGGAGGAAUGGUUGUACAGAGGCGGACCGAUCAGAGCUCCGAUGUUCCACGUGUCAUUCGUGUCCGGGUCAAAUACGGUUCGGUUUACCACGAGAUCCCCAUAAAUUCCCAAUCUAGCUUCGGAGAGUUGAAGAAGAUGCUGUCUGAUCAGACCGGACUUCACCACGAAGACAUGAAGAUUUUGUACAAAGACAAAGAGAGAGAUUCAAAGAUGUUUCUAGAUCUUUGCGGAGUGAAAGAUCGGUCAAAGCUUGUUCUCAAAGAAGAUCCAAUUUCUCAGGAGAAACGUCUCCUCGAAAAAAGGAAAAACGCCGCCAUUGAAAAAGCUUCUAAAUCAAUCUCCGACAUUAGUCUCGAAGUCGACAGACUCGCCGGACAGGUGUCGGCGUUCGAGACAGUGAUUAAUAAAGGAGGAAAGAUUGAAGAGAAGAGUCUGGUGAAUCUGAUUGAGAUGUUGAUGAAUCAAUUGUUGAGACUCGACGCGAUAAUUGCCGAUGGAGAUGUGAAAUUGAAGAGGAAGUUGCAGGUGAAAAGAAUUCAGAAGUACGUGGAAGCACUCGAUGUCUUGAAGGUCAAAAACGCAGCCAAGAAAGUUGAAAUUAGCAAAUCGGUCCGUCACAAACCGCAAACGCAAACGCAAUAUCAACAACGCGAUUUGUUAUCGUUUGUAGAGGAAGAGGAGGAGGAGCCGAGGAAUUCCGGCGCCUCUUCUUCGGGUACUCCGGCGGCGACUGUAACUAAUCCAUGGGAGAUAUUUGAUUCCACAUCGGCGGCAAAGCCGGUCGAAACGGUUAAACCGGUCCCUCCAAGAUUCAAAUGGGAAUUCUUCGACUAA